AUGCGAUUCCUCUGUUUACAUGGCUCCGGCACGAGCGGGGAAAUUUUUGAGAUCCAAUCCGGUGGCAUUAGCCAGGCUCUGGAAGCUAAAGGGCAUCGCUUCACAUAUAUCGAUGGCCGAUUAGACUCCGAACCUGAGCCAGAGCUGAAGGGCAUCUUGGAUCCACCAUUUUACAAACACUACCCACGCGAUAUCGCACCCGGCGAAGACCUCGCUCGUGCGAUCGAGUACACCAUGGAUAUCAUUAAGAAGAAGGGUCCAUUCGACGCUGUAAUGGGGUUCUCACAAGGCGCUGCUCUCGCAGGUUCGAUGAUCAUUAACCAUGCCAAAACACAUGACGUUCCGCUGUUCAAAGCCGCUGUCUUUAUCUGCGGUGCGGCGCCGUACGAGUCAUCUGGAAAGGAGACUAUUCAGCCGACGCCAGGGGAGUAUCUGGUCAAUAUUCCUACGACCCAUAUCGUAGGUAAGCAGGAUGAGAUUUACGACCUCAGUAUGCAAUUGUAUGGUCUGUGUGAACCCUCGAAGGCGGAAUUUUACGACCACGGAUCAAGGCAUUUGAUCCCCUUCGACGGCAAAAAUACAGAGGCUAUGAUUGCUGCAAUCGAAAAGACCAUUAAGCGCGCGAGGACAGGGUAG